CCAGAGCCAGAAGUUUGUAACGUUCGCUCAGUGUUCAUAAAUUGCACACGCCCUAGUAGUAAAAUAUACAUUAAAUACUAAAAUAUGAUAGUAAAUUAAGAUAUUUAACAAUUUUUUUAGUUUUGUUCUGUUGUUGAAGUAUUAUCAAAAGAAGAAUGUCUGUUAGUGCUAGCGCCGAAAACCUAUCGACAGAUGCCCAAAGCUGCGAUGGGGGUUCAAUGUGCCUGGAGCUGGCGCUGGAAGGCGAGCGGCUGUGCAAGGCGGGCGACUGCCGCGCGGGCGUGGCCUUCUUCCAGGCCGCCAUCCAGGCCGGCACCGACGACCUACGUACCCUCAGCGCCAUCUACAGCCAGCUCGGCAACGCUUACUUCUACCUAGGAGACUACAACAAAGCAAUGCAGUACCAUAAACAUGACUUGACUUUAGCUAGGACGAUGAAUGACAAACUGGGCGAAGCCAAGGCAUCAGGCAAUCUAGGAAACACACUAAAAGUAAUGGGGAAAUUCUCUGAAGCCAUCCAAUGCUGCAAACGUCACCUGGAGAUAUCCCGUUCUCUCGGAGAUCGGCUAAGCGAAGGCCGCGCCUUGUAUAACCUGGGCAACGUAUACCACGCACAAGGCAAGCAACUGGGACGAGCCGGACAGAACGACCCAGGACAUUUCCCGCAAGAAGUGAGAGACUGUCUGAUGCAAGCCGUUUCUUAUUAUGAGGAGAAUCUCGAGCUGAUGCGAAGCCUAGGUGACAGGCAAGCGAUGGGCCGCGCUUGCGGCAAUCUCGGCAACACUUGCUACCUAUUAGGCGAUUUCGCGAGAGCGAUCCGCUACCACACCGAACGACUCCAGAUCGCUCAAGAAUUUGGCGACCAACCCGCGGAGCGACGGGCUAACAGCAACCUUGGAAAUUCGCAUAUAUUCCUUGGGGAAUUUGAAAAUGCUGCUGAACAUUACAAACGAACUUUGGCUUUGGCCGAGGAGCUAGGCGAUGCAGCGGUGGAGGCGCAAGCGUGCUACUCGCUAGGCAACACGUACACGCUGCUGCGAGAGUACCGCAUCGCCGAGGAGUACCACGCGCGCCACCUCGCCUCGGCCAGGAGGCUGCAGGACCGCGUGGGCGAGGGCCGCGCCUGCUGGUCGCUCGGCAACGCUCACGCCGCCCUAGGGAAUCAUGAGAAAGCUCUCUAUUAUGCCAACGAGCAUUAUAACAUCUCUAAAGAGCUAGGGGAUGUCCUGGGAAUGGCGACAGCUCAAAUGAACAUAAGCGACCUCCGCAAAGUAUUGGGGCUGCCGACCGAGGCAGAGCCCGCGCCUCCCGUCAUCCCGGACGACAGCUGCGCUCCUCGCACGCCCUUCAACGCUCUGCGCGUCCGCCGACAGAGUAUGGAGCAACUCUCCCUCAUACCUAUAACUCCUGAUGGCAAAAAGAACGAGGAAGAGGAGAAGGAUAAGAAGCCGGAAGUGGUUCGAACAGAGUCUGAAGACAAUCCCGUGGAAUCAUUCUUUGAGUUGUUGACCAGAUGUCAAUCGGAACGGAUGGACGAGCAGAGGGCGACGCUCAACGGCAACAAGGAAAACAGGCCUAAGACCAAGAGCUCCAGCAACAAGUUGCAGCGGUCUGCUAGUAGCGGCAAUCCAAAUAACGGGCCUACAGACGCAAUGCUGGAUAUGAUAACGGAUAAGCAGUCGGAGCGAAUGGACUCUCAGCGCGCCGAGCUGCGUCCAGCGCCGAAGAAACUGAGCAUAGAGAACAAGGGCGCUUCUCUACCAGGCCUGCGGCCGCAGCAGACCACCAGCACUAAGCCUGAAGACGAUUUCCUGGACAUGCUGGCUCGCGUCCAGGGCUCCCGCUUGGAGGACCAGCGCUCAGAGCUGCCGCCGCCCAAGCCAGAGGAGCGCCCGAAGACCGUGCCCGAUGACGACUUUUUCGCUCUCCUCAUGCGCGCACAAGCUGGACGGAUGGAGGACCAAAGAGCUACUAUCCCGUUACAAUCAUCUGCUGACAAUCGUCGCAACAAGGGCGGAUCAAGCGUAAAGAAAUAAACGUAUCAAUAGUAACCACCGAGCCCGGAACCCUCGUCACAUAUGUACAGCGAGCUGCAAAACUGCAUACAAGUGGGUAUGCACUUUUGCAGAUGGGUGUAAAUCGUCACAUAAUAAUACAUUGUACAACUAAAGAUAUACGAGCCCUGAUGCAUAAGUUUUCGUUUAGUCAACAUUUAUUUGGGUUCUAUUUGUACCAAAAAUUCGUUUCAGAUAAUAAUCUAACGCCUUUUUUUAAUACUAUUGCUAAAAUGGCUAACACUUUUUUUUUUGUAUAUAGGUAUACAAGAAUAAUCUAUUUUAGGAUAAAAUAAAUUAUUCGUUAUUUUUUAUAAGAAUUUUCAAGCGCGAUUGCAAAUGUGAGCUUCGAGGCUCGACUGCGAAAUUUUAAUUGAAGACGAUAGUUUAAUUUUUUAAUUAAUCGAGAAAUUAAUUUCACUAUUUUUAGUCCGAUUGAUUUAAGUAUGUAAGGGUGGUAUUCCAUCUGUCCAUAGUCCAAUGUCAUUGCGUCUCACUCUCUCAUUAAGCAAAAUGUGAGACAAAAUACACAUUGGCCAAGAAAUUGGACAGGUGGAAUACCAGGUACGUAAAUACGUAACACGUAAAUGUUUGAAAGACUAAUCCAACAACGGGAGCAUAAAAAAGACAAUUGACAACCCUUUUACCA